AUGGGAUAUCCGGGAAUAGAGAGAUUAAUGACAUUACAAGAUGAAGAGYUGAAGUUCUUGGAAAAUAUCCGUAACUGUGUUAAUAUGCGGAUCAAAUGUGACCGCGAAUAUGCCUCUUCUCUAUUAGCGGUCAGCAUUUGUGGCCAAAAGUGCCGAUUUAACGACGACUUUGCCAACACUAAUAUCGGUAAUGUUUGGAUGACUAUUGCUAUUGAAUCAGAAACUCUGAGUAAAUUAAUGCACACGAAUGCCGAUGACAUAACAUAUGAGAUAUUGGAUCAAAUGGAUGAACUAAUUGCAGAAAAGAAGGCGUUAAGAAAAUCAUUGAUUGAUGAAUAUAACAGAUAUUAUACUAAAUUAAAUAAUUUAAUAAAAUCGUGUCAUAAAAUUCAAGUCGAUUAUCAAAAAUGUUUAGCAAAUUAUAAAAGUAUUAAAAACAAAUAUGAAGAUAUUUGGCUGCAUUUUCCUCAAAAGUGUGAUAACUUGAAAAUUAAAUCAAAAAAUGAUAAACAAUUUGAAGAAAUUAAGAAAAAAUACAAGAAAAUGUGUCAAAAGUUACAUAUUUUACACAACGAUUAUUGUUUGAUUACCACAGAAGCCAAACAAUAUGAAAAAGAUUUCCGAUUACUUUUGAUACCAACUAUUAUAUCAUAUCACGAGUCAGUUCUUAUAGAUUCAGAACUUAGAGGAAAACUCCAGAAUCCAGUAUUACCGCAGAUUAAUGUUAAAUUCAAUGACAAUUUGCUUGAAGAUUAUGUCGGUGCUCUCAAACCCAAUCAAUUAAUCAUUGAUACCUUUACUAUCGACUCAUUGAACUUAAAAGAGUCUGAACUUCGCAUUCAAUUAAAUAAAUCUCAAUUAGAUAUCAGAGAUAAGAUUUCGCUGGAAAAGCAAUACGAAGAGGAGAUGAGGGCAUUGAUGACAUUAAGUGAUGAAAAUUCAAAUGCAAAGAUGGGAAUCAAAACAAGGAAGAGAGCCAUUGAUAUCAUCAAAAAAGAUUUGAUUUAUAGUGAAUGCAAACAUGAAAUAACUCAUCAAUUAUGGGAAAGGGUAGACAUUUGCCUAUCAAAAAUUGCUGGAAUUCAAGUGCCCACUGGACUCGACUUAAAUCUAACAUCACAUCCACGACAACUGACCCAAUUUGAGAACAGUUCAAUAGAUAGCCGAUCUAUAAGUAGAGGCUCAAGAAGUGAGGACAACUCACGGAUAUAUUCGACAAUAUCUGGUACGAUGUUAUGGAGUAGAACUCUAUUCACAAGAUUCAGACGUCCAAAGACAUUGAAUAACUCGGCCACUGAAACGACGUCCACAAUGACAAGUCUGCCCUCAACAACAACAACAACAACAAACUAUUCUACGUUUAAUUGCAAUAAAAAUGAGACAAUUGGUGACGAUAUACAUGAACUCAAUGAUGAGGAAUGGUUUCACGGAAGUCUUCCCAGAUAUGAAGCAAAUAAAUUAUUGUCAAAGAGAGGAGACUUUUUGGUGAGACAGACACUCAAAGACCAACACAACUGUUAUGUCGUGUCUGUCCUUUGGAAUGGAUUUCGUCAUUUCAUUAUCAAUAUUGACUCUCAGGGUCUAUAUAAAUUGGAGGGGCCCUCCUUUACAACAAUAUCAAAUCUUAUAGAAUAUUAUCAAUUUAAUAAACAUAAAGUAACCGAUAAAAGUGGGGCUCUUUUAUUGAAUACCAUUUGUCGAGAAAAAUGGGAACUGAGUCAUAAAGAUAUAGAGCUCAAGGAGAAGAUAGGUCGGGGAAACUUUGGGGACGUCUAUAAAGGGAUACUACGGAAAACAGGAACGGGAACUCUCAAAGAGAUGAACGUUGCGAUCAAGACAUGUAAAACCAAUUUACCGGACCAACAGAAAUGCAAAUUCUUGGCUGAGGGACGUAUUCUUCAGCAAUACAAUCAUCCAAAUAUCGUACAACUUAUUGGUAUUUGUGUCCACAAACAGCCUGUUAUGAUAGUCAUGGAGUUGGUUGAGGGCGGGUCACUGUUAAACCAUUUGAGACAUAACACAAACAGAGUAUCAUUUACUUUAUCAAUACUAUUGAAGAUGACUAUAGACGCCGCUUCCGGGAUGGAGUACUUGCAAAGCAAAAACUGCAUUCAUAGAGAUUUAGCGGCGCGUAACUGUUUAAUAGGUUUGGAUAAAGUUUUAAAGAUAACUGAUUUUGGUAUGUCUAGAGAGGCCAAUAAUGAUCUUGAAUACACUGUAUCAACUGGUAUGAAACAGAUACCAAUUAAAUGGACGGCUCCAGAAGCGCUAAACUAUGGUCGCUAUACAUCCCUUUGUGACGUUUGGAGUUUUGCAAUAUUAAUGUGGGAAAUAUUAACAAUGGGAAGUACCCCAUACAGUGGUAUGUCCAACGCUAAAGCACGGGAUCUCAUUGAUAAUGGAUAUAGACUUCCUUGUCCUCCCAGAGCACCACAAAAUGUUUAUCAAUUGAUGUCCCGCUGUUGGGACUAUGAGCCGGAAAAUAGACCUCAUUUUUCCGAAAUCAGACAAUUAUUAAAUGAUAUUUAUAAUAAUUUACAAGAAUCUAAUAAUAAUAAUAAUAAUACUGAAAUGGGUGAACAAGAUAUUGAAACACAUUUAUAA